GGUGAAUUUGUUUGAGCACACGCUGUCGGGAUGAGCUGAUGUGAGCGCUGCAUCAAGUGCGCGGUGGUGAUGCUCCCGCAUUAAACAGCCCGCUGUAUUUUGGCACAGAGGGGGAUGCAUCAGUUUAACCCUCGGCUCUGCCCUCCGGACUCGCCCAUACAGUGUUCAGCCUAGAUAAGUUGAGGGGAUGUGUGAUCCUAUUGUGAGGAAUCCUGCCGCACGAUAUUCCUGAGGAUCUCUCUCUGUUCGUUUUUUUUCUUCAACUUCGAUGGCUUGAGUGGCCCAUUUGCACUCAUGCUUGCAGCCGAGGAGGGAUGUAAGGUACGGGCCAUCUACCGCCCUCACAUUGCACGGAGUAGCGGCGUGAUUCAGGUCGCUAUCUGAGUGCUAAUAAGAAAAAAAACUACUUUCGAGAUGUGAAUUAUCGAGAUUUGCUACUCAUUCCACCAGCUCGCCUGUCCUAUGCUAUCGACAACGGGAUUUCAAGAGGAAAAUGAUUGUGGCAUAAACUAUUUCUGGAGUAGCUUGUCACAGAUAUCGCCGCUGAACUGGACAGGGUGGAUGGUUAUUUCCCAAACAGUUCAAGCCUAUGUAUACUGCAUUCAUUUAUUGGAAUCGCUGCCUAUUAUCUUCGAGAACAGCGCAAGAGGAAUGCUGGUCCAAGAUCUAAUGCCAUUUACUUUAAGUUUUUGGCCUUUUUUCUUCGGUCAUUGCUUUCUCUCACUGUUUUUACUCUCAUGCCAGGGAGAACUCCAGAGGUCAUGCUCACGGACUGUGGCGGAGAAAGUUAGUGAACAGUGCCAGCUGGCAUGCCACUGUAGAAGAUACCCUCCCCUUCCUCCUCCACCGCCUCCACCGCCUCCCCCACGGCUACUGGGCACCACAGGGGCAGAGCCCAUGGUGCCCUUGUUGAGGCCCUGGUGGAUGGAGAUGGACAUUGUAGUGCUUGGAACGGUGGGCUGUGCCUCAGUUGUCUUCCUCCUCUCAGCCAUCAUCAUCUGCUACAAGGCCAUCAAGAGGAAACCACUACGAAAAGAAGAGAACGGGACAAGUCGUGGGGAAUAUGCUAUGAGCAUCCGUAACAAGAAGGCCAUGGGUACAAACAACACUGUGGUAUAGACUGCCUCCUGGUAGACGCAGGAAGUGACAUCAACAUUACAAUCUCUCACCUUACCCCUCC